UGAUGAGCAGAGCAUACUCUCCUACUAGAAGUAGGGCUGAGAAAAUAGUUGGUUAAUUGAGUGAGAUUCAUUUAGGAAGGAAAGAUCAAGUAUAGUGUAGAUAAUAAUUUUGAUAGACUUAAAGAAUAAAGGAGGCAGAGGAGAGAGUAGAAAUAAUGGAAACAGCAAUAAAGGAUUUGAGAGAAACUUUAGAAGAGAAGGUAGCAAAGAUUAAGGAAGGAUUAGAAUAUGUUCAAUCUGUGUUGACAGAGUAAGAACCAAAAUAAGAGGAUGAAUAAUAGAUGAUUGAGGAUAUGUAAAAAGCAGAGGAGAGUGUUAAUUAAUAGUUGGAGGAACUUAGUAAAUUAAGAGAGGAGAGUUAAUAGAAAUUCAAUGAAAAAGUAGAAUAAGAUAUUUCAGAGUUGCGAGAACAGAUAAAUUCUGAGAAACAUGAGAGAAAUGAAUAGAUAAAAGAGAUAAAUGGUUGUUUGGAGGUAUAUAAUGAAUAUAUUUGAGGAUAGUGUGAUUUACCAUAGUUGUAAGAGAUGCUGUAAUAAAACAUAAAGGAGAGAGAUGAUAUGGAUAGAAAUAUUAAUGGGAAGUUAAAUGAUGAAUUGUUAAGGUUGUAAUAGAUAAUACAGUCUGAAAAGAUCAGUAGAUAAUAGAGUGAGUAGAAUUUAUUUGAGAUGUUGAAGGAUGUUGUGAAUAGGAUUAAAAGGGAAAUAGAUGAAGAGAAGAGAGAGAGGGAAGCUACUGAAAAUGAUGUUUUAGGAGUCUUGGAGGAAACUUUAAAUAAAAUCUUAGCAGCUCAAGAACAUUGA